GGCACAUUGAGGCUCCUCCCCUCCCCCCGUUACCACCGAUUCAACCGUCUCGAGCUGCUGCUCCGGUCAGUUACUACAAAAUGGCUGCACAGGCUCCUCCGCAAACGAGAAUCUCCUGAACGCUUCAUGCUGUGAGAAGAAGCAACAAACAAGAGAAGAGAACCAUUUGAUGGAAGAUAAGAAAAAGAAAAAACAAGAAGAGAAGAAAAAGAAAGACACUGCUCAGAAAAAGGCCACAGAACUGAUAACCAAAGUGCCAGACUCUGCAAAGCUCGACCCCACCCCUCCUCUUCCCCCCGUCAGCCCCAGUGCCGUCCCGUCUGUAUCCCCAAGCAGUGGCAAUGGCAAGCGCGCCCCCUCCGGAGGUCAGCCGCAGACAGCACAGCAGCCCCAAACUCUGCUCCAGCAGCGCUACCCGCCUAGAGAGGUGCCCCCGCGUUUCCGUCAACAGGAGCACAAGCAGCUGUUGAAGAGGGGCCAGCCUCUGCCCUCGGGAACCCUGCCUCUCGUCACCCCAGGACAUCCUGCCACUACUGAACCUGCAGCAGCAGUAGCCAUACGCUCCUCCUGCUCCACUUCUUCUACAGCCACCCUGCCUACAGAACUGCCCCCACAGAGCAGCCAGGGAGCCCAGUAUGAUAAUCCCCUCUGGGGACACCUGCCAGCCAACAGGAGUGCCACAAGUGCUGCAUCUUCCACCAGUCUCAGUGGCUGGGAUCAACUGAUCAUUGACCAGAAGGACACAGAGGCUUGGCCUUCUAUUACCCUCAGCCAGAGCCAGGCCCCUCCAGGAGGAUGCCCUUUGGAUACUGACCCUGGUCACCUGACCAGCAGCAGCAGUAGUACUAGUAGUAGUUGUAGUACAGUGAAUAUGGCCACAGGGGCCAAUAGCCAGUCAGGCCAUUUCCCUGCCAACCACCUUAGCAGCAAGGCCAACACUGGGCCCAGCCCUGCCAAUCAUACUGGAACCAGCAUGCUCCCCAGCCAGGUUGCAGCUAAUCGCAGCUGGGGCUCUGGGCCUGGACCUUCCCAUUGCCCCCCUCAGUCCUCAGUGGGGAGUGAAGGGAAGAGUGACAGCCCAAUAGGGGGAGGAGGCAGCAGGGGUUGGGGCUCCUCUUCAUCAUCCUCAACCGCCAACUUUAACUUGAACCUAAACCCUAAUGCCAACCCUUCUGCCUGGCCCAUGUUAGGGCAUGAUGGGGGUGGCACAGGGGGAGGCAGCUCAGGGGGAGCCAAUACCAUUUCACCUCCUCAACCUACACCCAACCUCUGUAAUCAACUUGGCCCCCCACCAGCCCAGACCAGCACCUGUACUGGAGCCAACACUAACAGCAACUCCUCGGGGAUUGGCAGCGCCUGGGGUAGCAUAAUGGCCUCUGACACAUCAGAGCCACACCCCUCCCCGUCCACGAAUGUGUCUUUCAGUUCAGAACCUCAGAACCUUAAAACUGAUGGACCAAAUCACACUAAUAAGCAGGAACCUCCCAGCCCCAUCCACAAGUUGCCUGGCUGGGCUAGUGCACCUGUAGGCUUGGGUUCCAUGGGCCAACCUCCACCAGGGGGACCACAGGUCAAUGGAGAAGAUGGUAGCUCAGUAUGGGGUAACAGUGGCGACUCAAAGGCAUCAUCUAAGGAGGCACCUGGCUGGGACUCUGGUUGGGGGAAUGGAGGAGCUGCAGCAGGAAACUCUGGCAGCUGGGGUGAACAGUCUGGUGGAGGCUGGGGGAAGCAACACACUGAAGAAGCCCAGGGAGGCUGGGAUGCCCCCAGCUCUCCUCCCCAGGAUCCACAGGCUAGUCCUUGGAGCAGAGCUGUGAGCACAGCUGGUGCCAGUGAGGGAAGCAGUGACAGCAUGGAAGGACAUCCCCGGCGCAGAGACCGCUCGUCCAGAGAUAAUCCAGCUCCUCUGCUGCCUGCCCAGGAUCUGGACCCUAGGGUGUUGUGUAAUACUGGCUGGGGACAGACCCCUGUCCGCCAGCACACCUCCUGGGACAUGGAUGAUACUAAAUGCAAGAAUGAUGUUGGCACUGAAUCAUGGGGCUCUGGCCCAACCACUCCGAGUGAUACUCAGGGGCCCUCCAACACUAACAUGGGCCCGUCUCAGAGGACUGAACCUGGGAGCAAAAAUGAUGUACCUGGUUCUCAGGGAGCUUCAGGUUGGGGUGGAAGCAUAGCUGCUACUAGCCAACCUAGCUCUGGUUGGGGAGAGCCUCCUAACAACAUUAAGCCCACAGGUGGCCCUGGUGGCUGGGGGAACCGUCCUUCAGGAGGCCCCUCCACAGAUAUACCCAAGAAUGGCAGUCAGUCCUGGGGAGAGGAGAAGUCAUCUGGUUGGGAUGAUUCCCACAUAAAGGCAGCAUCCCAGGGCUGGGGAGAGCAACCCAAAGCAUCCCACAGCUGGGGCAAUAGUGGAGGGACCAAUAAUACAGGGGACUGGAGGGAACCAGAAGAGAGCAAAAAGAGUUCCACCAACCCUGGGUGGGAAGGAGAGCCAGGAAGCUGGAAGGAAAAACCACGAGGCUGGGGAAUGCCUUCUUCAGGACCUGGGAUAUCUGGAGCUGGAGGAAGUGGUGGCUGGGGAGAGUCAGUUUGCCAGCGUCCCAGUGGACCUCCCCAAGGGUGGGGAGGCAAGCCUCAGGAUGGACCCAGUGGUAGUAGUGGAGGAGGGAGCAUGGGCUCUUGGGGUGGUUCAGGCACAGUGAAGCAGGGCGGAGGCUGGAGUGGCAGUAAGCAGGAGUCCUCAGCUGAACCUACAGGUUGGGAAGAGCCCUCCCCACCUUCAAUUCGACGUAAGAUGGAGAUAGAUGAUGGGACCUCAGCUUGGGGUGACCCUGGUACCUACAACAAGGCAGUCAACUUGUGGGACAGGAACAAUCCGGGAAUGUCACAGGCUAAAGUCAACACUGGAGGCAAUAACCCCCCAGGCCCCAAUAACAGCCAUCCCCACUCUCACAAUCACUCCUAUCACGGGCCAACUGCACCUUUACAGAACCACACCCAAAACUCCCAAAACCCAGCGCCCACCAGUGGACCCAUGGAUCCUGUUGUCCAACACCAGCCUGGGUCAUCUCACAACAUUGGUCCUCUCAUAGCUCAAGGUUGGGGAGAGAUGCCCAGCUCCCACACAAAAUCAGAUAGCUCUUGGGGGGAACCUGCAGCCUCUCCGGUCAGUGUGGACAAUGGGACAUCAGCCUGGGGCAAACCCACUGGGAGCUGUGGAGGCUGGGGAGACAGCAACCCAGACAGCUAUGGCAGGGGAAACCCAGCGCUGACAUCUGCAUCUUGCAAACCUGCCCCCAAACCUAUGCAAGACGGAUGGGGAGGUGGAGGUGAAGAGCUGAACUUGUCGGGGGGUCAGUGGGAUGCUGAGGAGGGAGACAUGUGGAACAGCGCUGCCUCCCAGGAGAGCAACUCCUCCUGUAACUCUUGGGGCAAUGCAUCUAAAAAGGUCCAACAGAAGGGAAAGGUCCCAGGGAAGCAAGAAGAUGCUUGGAUCAUGAAUUGUCUCAUCAAACAGUUGACAGACAUGGGCUUCCCUAGGGAUCCGGCAGAGGAGGCUCUGAAGAGCAACAACAUGAACCGGGAUCAGGCCAUGAGUGCUCUGCUGGAGAAGAAGACAGAGUUGGACAAGCGGGGGAUGGGGAUUACUGGCCACGACUACAACAACGGGCUCAUCAACAAGCCUAUGAGCUGCCCUCGGCCUCCACUUCUUUCCAAAGACCCCUCUACAGACCCCCGCUUGCCCUUCAUGGAUAAGCAGAUGCAGAGUGGAAUGUUUGGCGGUGGUGGAGCAGCACAAGCCCGGGCCAUGCAGCAGCAGCAGCAGCAGCAGCAGCCGCCUCCUCAGCCACCAGUGCCGCCUCUCAGUUCCUCUCAGCCUAGUCUACGUGCUCAAGUGCCUCAGUUUCUCUCCCCUCAGGUUCAAGCACAGCUCUUACAGUUUGCAGCAAAAAACAUUGGUCUGAAUCCUGCACUUUUAACCUCACCAAUAAACCCUCAACAUAUGACCCUUCUGAAUCAACUUUACCAGCUGCAACUGGCAUACCAGCGUUUACAAAUUCAGCAGCAGAUGUUGCAGGCGCAGCGCAACGUUUCUGGCCCCAUUCGACAACAAGAGCAGCAAGUUGCACGUACAAUCAAUAACAUGCAGCAGCAGAUCCAACAGCACCAGCGUCAGCUGGCCCAGGCUCUGCUGAUGAAGCAGCAGCAGCAACAGCCGCCCCCCUCCCACCCUGGCCUGCAUCCUGGUGGGGCCAAAUCCACCCUGGAUUCAUUUCCAGGUCACCCCCAGGCUCCAGGCCUCCCUGACCUGCAGACCAAAGAGCCGCAGUCAUCUCCCAACACCUACAGCUCCUACUCUCUCUCUGGACUGAAUCCAAACAUGAAUGUAAACUGCAUGGAUGUGGGAAGUCUGUCUAUGAAGGAACCCCCCCAGCCUCAGUCGCGCCUCUCACAGUGGACGCAUCCUCACUCCAUGGAAAGCCUCUCUGGAAACUCCUCUCCUCUGGAGCCCAACCUGGGCAAGCAUGGUGCCAACUUGGGACCCCCUGGUAAGCCCCAUCAGCUGGAGGACUCUUACAGCCCCUACAACCUGAUGUCCAGCUCAGAGUCUCCUACCAGCCCCCUGGUCCCCCCAGACAGCUGGGGGCAGGGCAAGAGCAGCAGUGACAAGAUGGCCAAUGGGACCAAUAUCAACUGGCCACCAGAGUUCUGCCCCGGUGUACCCUGGAAGGGUCUCCAGAAUAUCGACCCUGAGACCGACCCCAACGUGACCCCCGGCAGUGUCCCCAGCGGGCCCACCAUCAACACCAACAUCCAAGAUGUCAACCGCUACCUGCUGCGGGACAGGAGUGGAGGCAAGCUGUCGGAGAUGAAAUCUACUUGGUCUCCAGGCCCCAUUUCUCACAGUCAGGCCUCUCUUUCCCAUGAGCUGUGGAAGGUCCCCCAGGGCCCCCGGAGCACCAACACGGCCCCUUCCCGCCCGCCGCCCGGCCUCACCAACACCAAGCCUUCCUCGACUUGGGGGGGCACCUCCCUGGGCCUGGCUCAAGGCUGGAGCAGCUCUUACACCACAGCAGGUACCACAUGGAGUACAGACAGCUCCACCAGGACCAGCAGCUGGCUGGUUUUGAGGAACCUCACUCCACAGAUUGACGGUUCAACUUUGCGUACGCUGUGCAUGCAGCACGGCCCGCUCAUCACGUUCCACCUCAACCUGACACAGGGCAGUGCUGUGGUGCGCUACAGCUCCAAGGAUGAAGCUGCCAAGGCUCAGAAGUCCCUGCACAUGUGUGUGCUCGGAAACACAACCAUCCUGGCAGAGUUUGCUGGGGAAGAGGACGUGAACCGCUUCUUUGCACAGGGCCAGUUGCUUGGCGGAACAACCAGCUGGCAGGCCACUCCAGGCACCAAUCAGACCAGGAUGGGUGGGGCCGGGUCCGGCGCCUCCCAUCCCAUCGGACACUCGCCUCACUGGAACAACAACAACAGCAGCGCUGGCAGCAGCAGCAGUAGCAGCAGCCUGGGAACAGGUGGAGCAAAGACGGGUGGAGAGUUGCUGUGGGGUGGCGUGCAGCAGUAUUCCAGCCUGUGGGGACCUCCGAGUGCAGAGGAGGGACGGGUCAUGGGGAGUCCCACCCCAAUCAAUACGCUGCUGCCUGGGGACCUGCUGAGUGGGGAGUCCAUGUAAGAUGGAAAUGCCCAGGUUUGACAAACACCAACAAGAGCAAAAACCUUGCAAAUCAUUGUGGAGAUAAUCAGUGUGGGUGUAACCAUGAAAAGGAGAGACGAGAGGAGGAUGAGGUUACAUCCUCGCUGCUCGCCCUCGCCAGCCUCCUCUACUCCUUUUUUUUUGUUUUUAGUGACAUUUCAGUUGCAGUUCUUAUAUGAAUCUCAGUGAGAGACUUUGGCCACAGUGUUCAGUUCUUGCUUUUGGAGACACAGGAAGAAGUCUUUCAUCCAGCAUAGACCGAGAACUUUUUACAGAAAUGAACUUUUGAGAAUUUGACGUGUGAAACUUGUACUUUGGUCAAACUGACACAGUGACGAGCUGCCAUCUUUGAACUUGCGUAAUCCCUCUCCGCCUUUUGAGGCAAUCAUACUGCACCUCAGAGAUCCAUUAUAAGGCAUCAUUCCCAAAGUAAAAACCCUUCAAUCAGAGUGGUUGUCGAACUUUCAGCUGAAGCAGACUCAACAUUUGUUUGUCUCAGCACUAAUAUUAGCCUUAACCUCUUUCCUGCCCUGCUAUCCUCACUCACUGUACUUGGUGAAGAAGCAUACGGACACUUGCACACCCUUAUUUCUGAGCCAGAGAAACCUGAGUGGAGAGUACAUGCUGCUGCGGCUUAACAUAAGCAACCACAGCUCACAACUUCAGUGCAUUUUUUGCAAGCAGAUUGAGUUCCCCACACAACGCUCAAAGGGAAUGAUGCAACUCUGUUCGCCGUGUUCAAGCCAUUUAUUUUUGUAGUGGUUUUUUUUUUGUUUGUUUUUGUUUUUUAAACCAUUGUAAACAAAGCUAAGAACUGAUGUGUCUGUCAAUCUUACCUGGUGGGGUGGAAGAGUUUUGGGGGGUUGUCGCAUGUACAGUUAUAGAUGCGAUGGAUGACAAAAUGAACCACUGCUAUUACUAUGGAACUGUAAAGACAAAUACUUCAAUGCACCUCAACUCAUCUGCGGGAGAACUCGCAGUUUGGUCUCAGUUUUUAGACCCUCUCACUGAUGUUGUGGAAAACCUCAAGUCCUAAAUGUUUCCCACCAGUGUGCAGUCAAUGACCCCCCCAGCCCCCAAGCCCCCAACCCCGCUCCACCUGCAAAAACUCCAUCUCAAGUGACGUGCAAUAUAAGCCACAGACUCUACCGUCCAAGCACCCUGCUAUGACCUCUCACAGAAAGAGAGGAGAUUAUAAGGAAUGACUGAACUGCAAAAGCUCUAUCUGCCCUGCGCCCCCCACCCCACCCCACCCCCACCCCCAACCCUAAAACUGCCACUACUACCCUCUCAUCCCCCCACCCACCCCCCAAGAGUGUGUGAGAGUCACUGGAGAGUAGCAAGCUGGUCUUCAACCACCUUCUGUACAAGAUACAAGGACAUACACAAAAGAGCACUUCUUCAGUCAGCCUACUCUCCACUCUUAUGCCAGUGACUAGUUCUGGGGGAGGAGGAGGGACAGGUGUGUGUGUGUGUGUUUCUGUGUAUGUUUGUGUUUACGUGUGCGUGUGUGCUUGGGAAGAAGGCAUCAAACCAAAACGAGAGGAGCCCAUUUUCCUUUUUACCCAGAAGACCAGAUGACCUUUAUUUCUUUUUGUCCAAAUUUGCGUAGGUAAAAAAACAAAAAAAGGUAUGAUGCAAAGAUUUGUGAAUAGGUGGUCUGUCAUAGCACUUAGCAAGAGCGUCACAGCUCGUUAUACCCUUAAUGCCAACAAAUAGAAGAAAGGAGAAGCAACACUGGCAAAUAAAAACUGAAAAAAAAACAAGGACAAAAAGCAAUCUGCUUAGUGGCUUCUCUAUAUACUUAUUUUUUAACUUAACAUGGAUGUGAAGAUGUUUGGUUUUUUUUUUUGGUUUUUUUUUUUUUUUUUUUUUUUAUCCUUCUUCCUUCAAGUCGGUGGGACCAGGAAGGAUGUCAAAAAUGGUAGCAAAGCGAAGGGAAAUACAAAGAAAGGACUAACUCAACUGAUGAUGGGUGCAGCAGGGAAGGACCCCAAAGCACCCAUCCUUACCCUCUUUAUCAAAGUAAAUAUCACUGUUACAUUGCAUACUUUGAAAUCUUUAGCCUUGGUAUCUGGAAAUGCUCAAUGUGUUCAUGUUCUACUGGGUCCAGCAGGGAGGAUCGCCAUCUUUUUCAUCCUUUUGUUCUUUUCAUCUUCUUUCUAUUGGAGGCCCUGCCAACCUGUGUGAUAGUGUGGCCACUGAGUGCCUGCCUGCUGCAGAGCGGCGUCCUCUCUGCAGCAGCCCUCACCCCCACCCUCCCGCUCGCUCAAUCCCUCCCUGCAGAUCCCUACAGACUGGCUUCCCUCCUCUUCCUCCACCCCUCGGCCUCCGGGCCAAGAGCAGCUCUUUCAGAACUGGCCCACCUGUAUUAAAUUUACUACUACUACUACUGCUGCGCCAGAGUCUGUCCUCAGCAACCUCCAGUUCCUCUUUCUGUCUCUCUCUCUCUCUCUCUCCCUGUCUGUCUCUCUUUCUCUCUCUGUCUCUCUCCUGCAAGGAUCACUUUAGCCAGAGAUGGAGAUGUUUGAUGUGUUUUGUUUUGUUUUUUUCUUGGGUUUCACUUACGGAAUUGCCAGUGUGCAUUUUUAUUUUGUUGUUGUUAUGAAGUUUGCUGAUAUUGUUGCUGUUAUCUUUGAUGAUAUAGAUAAUGAUUUUUUUUUUCUGAUAAUGAUUUAAUGGCUUUUUUGAAACAUUGGCCUUUAUGCAGUGUUCAGCUUCUCUCCUGCCCUUCCCACUGCCUCUGAGGCAGAAGCAGUGUGCAGUUUUAGAGGUACGCCUCGGCCGUGCAGCAAGGCCAUACGAAACACUGCAGAUCUCGGCAGAAAAGGCUGGUGGGGAAGCUCUUGUUGGAGUCAGACAGGGGAUUUGAAGAGUCAAAUCAAGUGGGGGGGGGGGAAUGUUGUGUAGUCAAAGGUUGUCCAGGAUAGUGAGCCAACUUCCUUCGUCUAUCCUGGGGCACCCACCUCCACUCUAUGUCGUCUCAUAACACACACACGCACACACACACAUCCCUUUUAGUGUUAAUGGGCCUCACUCACACUGGUGCUUUAUGUUUAACUCUGGGAGCACUCAGUUACACUUAGAACCACCUCAACUGACAACAGCCUUCCAUUUCUAUGCAAAGACAAGGAGGUGUUCUGUCACAGCCCCCCACAUCUUCACUUAUCUCUUGAUCUUUACUACCAGGUAGCUUCCCUUGAACCCCCCCCCCCCCCCCCUCGGAUUAAAUGAAAGGGAUGCUGAAAGAGCCUCUCUUCAAAGGUUUACUCUCCCACUGUGUGGACACACCUACUAGAUGACACUAAACGACCUGCUGGAUGCUCUAGUGGUUGGCAAACGGUCACUUCUUCAGUCUCGUGCCAACUGAUCUACAAAUAUCUACUUCUUCCACCAUGCCAUAUCCUAAUUUAUCUCCACGGAGAUGAGACUUAAGUUUCCUUUAUCGCUGCAGGAGCAUACACCACAGGCUCCAGCUGUAGGAGGCUCGAGGAGUAGAGGGGCAGGACAGAUGAAUGGUGCUGGUCUUUUACAGACAGGGGACUGGAAAUUUAGUGAAGAAGCAGGCUGCAGGCGGAGGGGCGGGGAUCCCUGUAUGUUUCUGUGCACUGUUUAUGGGUUACAUCGGGUACAUCUCUUUAAAUACCAAAAACAUCUUUUUCUUUAUCAUCAAGGUUUUUCGCAAAAACUAAAAACUACAAAAAAAAAAAAGUCUGUUUCAGCUGUGCACUGCGAGGCUGAGAUGUCUGUGUUCUGUUUCUCUGCAAGCUGCCGUCUUCUCGCCCCCAUCUGGGCUCGUUCUACGGGCCGCAUGUGGGGAAACUGUAUCCAGGUGGUCCACUCUGGACCUCCAGCCUGAAGGUCGCGCCAGCCAAUACAUAUAACAGGUCAUUUCUGCACAUCUGGCUUUGGGGUCAGGAUCUAAGCAGGGACCCGGCGUAUCAGCAGAAAUAGGGACACACCUCAAGUUCGGUACCAAGUCUUAAAACUUUCGGGAUUUGCCCUCUUCCAGAGUCACUUUAGACUCGCAUUCAACAGAACAAUCACUAUUGCCUGUGUUGUCUGUUUGUGUGUUAUUUGUUCCUGCAAACCUGCAUUUACUCCACACUGGACUUGAAUCAAGGAACUGGCGUUGAAGCGGGGGAGUGGAAUAGAGUAGGAGGAUGGGUGGCUGGGACGGAGGUCGAGUCUCAGAUGUGCCCUGGAUUUCUUGGCGCAGCACCAGCACUGAGAGCCCCGACCCCCCACCACCACCAACACCAACACCCCUCGCCUGCACUCUUAUCUACCUGUCUAGUGUUGGAAAUCAGAAGUGCUCCCUUUUUAAAAAAAAAAAUAAAAAAAUAAGAAAGAAAAAAAAAGUCACAUGGACUUGAAGGCAACUGGAGCUUGAGCAAAAUACGCUUCUCAAUCAUGGAUCAGACAAGGGUGUGGGGCAGGGGCCCCAAAAAAGAGCUGAAUUAGCAACUCUCUUUAAAAACAAAGGCCUGGGUUGAAUAUGCACAUGCUAGUUCAUAUACAGUAUACAAGAAAGAGAACACGAUGGGUGUGUGUGUGUAUAUGGCUAGAUCUCUCUGUUUUCCACUUAGCCUAAGCCCCCUCCCUGCCCUGCCUUCAGCCCUAACCCUGUGUAUCCUCCUCAACAUGAUAUUUCCCAGAAGACAAGAUCAUAAACAUAUCAGAGUAAUACAAAAUAAUGAAAUCAAAUACUUGAAUCAAAAGAAGCGCCAAUAAUGUAAUGUGAAAACUUUUUGUAGUGGUUUUUUGUCUCAUUCAUACACUUCAGAGAUUUUUGAUAGCAUUGGUUCAGAGUGAAUUAAAUUUGAAAUAUGAGUGUUGUUGAAAACAAAGGUCGAUAUAAAGGCAAAUUUACAUCUGUUGUAUUUUGAGUGUUUGCACAAGGCUGCUUGUACUGUAUGUUGUACGAAUGACUGUUUUAGUGCGUGAGGUGAAUAUUCGUGUGAGAGCUCACGAUUACAGCGGAGGAACCUCCGCCUUGUGAUUCUUUUCAAUUCAGUAUACUUUGGUUGUUGAUUUUAUUUGUUGUUUUGUUUGUUUGUUUUUUUUCUUUUGCUUGUCAAAAAUAUAUUCUGAUGUUAAUUGUUACUAGCCUCUAGCGUUGCACUGAGUGUCGGCCUCACCCCUCAUCCAGCUAAACGAACAACAUGAUACAAGUACUGAGGGGAGACGGGGACAGUUCAUGUGUAAAUGUUUACUCAAGGACUAAAAUAAGUGUGUUUUUAAAAUGUAAUGUUUAUCUACCUUAGUGGCUUUCAUUGUGGAAUAAUCCAAGAAAGUAUGGAUCAUAAUUGAGUAUUGCACCAUUUUUCAGACUGUAAACCUAAAAAAACAAGAAAACUGAAAAAAAAAAUCACAUAUGUAUAAAAAAAAUGCAGCAAAAAAAAAAAAAAAAAGUAUUUUGCAGACCUGUGGCCAUAGAUUGGGGUAGAAGGACUUCAGCUCUCCCAAAUCUGAGCAGCGGAGAGAGUGAAGGACGAGACAUCAGACUGAGCCUUGGCUUGUAGGGCUCACUUCAGAGGUGCCUACCUUUUUGGUUUGUUAGCUUUUUGUUCUGUUUUCACGUAUGUUCAAUUCACUCAUGUUGUCAUUCAUUUUCCUGCAAGGCCACUGACAGUUUACAAACACUUUGUUUUUUUCUGGAGUUCAGAAAAAAUGAGCAACACAAAAGAAUUAAACCAAUGGAACGUUGGAAAAAGAAGAAAAACAAAAAGGACAAAUGCUUCCAUUAAAAAAAAAAAGAAAAAAGAAAGAAAAAAGUGCAACACUUCACAGAAUGAAGAUUUAUUGUGCUACUUUCAGAACUCUGGGAUUGAACAGUGUUGUCUUGUUCUGUUUAACCUUCUUUGUUCUGUGUUAAAGUUGAUUUCAUGGACUAUCUGAAGCCUGUAUGUUUUAUUUUGAUUAUAUAUAUUUUUUUUCCUUUAUAUAAAAACAACAGAAAAAGAAAAGGAAAAAAAAAAAAGACAUGAUUGCUCACUAUCUUGCACACACACGAAAAAGUGGAUCUUGUCUCAGGAAGGCCAGGGUUCCAGAGUACCAACUCCACGCCAUUUUAAUGUACAUUUUUAUGAUGAGUAAAAGAAAAAAAAAAAGGAUGAUUUAGAAGAAACAAUUCUAAGCACUGAAAGUUAUGGAUUUCAGAAGAAGAGAAAAUACCUUUGUUUCUAAAUCCGUAGCAGUUACAUAAUAACCAAAUAAUGGACUUUAAAUGAAAAUGGAGUGCUUUAUAUAUAAAUCUAUAUAUUAAAAUUGCUUUACAUUUAAAAACAAAAAAAAAAUGGUCAAUGAUUUUGAUUGUUAAAAAAAGAAAGAAAAAGACCGUGAAUAACAUGCAAAAUGCUGUAUGUUUGAAUCUUUAUUGUGUUUUCUUAAUGAGGUCCCGUCCUGACUGAAUCAGGAACAUUGUGCAUUACUCUUUCUUUCCUCUCUCUCUCUCUCUCUCUCUCUCUGUCUCUCUCUCUCUCUCUCUCUCUCUCUCUGUGUCUCUCUCUCAUUCUCCCACAGCGGGUAUUAUUAUUAUUAUUAUUGAUAUUAAUAGAUGAAUCAGAAUUUUGUGGAACAUUUUUCACAUUUUGGAGGAUGUUUGUAAAACAUGAGCUGGUUGUAAAGGAUCAUGAAACUAUGCACAAGUGUUGGGGGGGGUGGGGGCGGGAGUGGGUGGAAGACGGGGAUUCUAUGGCCUACUUCAUGGCUGAUCUAUUGCAGGGGUUUUUGGGGAUCCAAUGUGGGGUUUUUUUUUUUGUUUGUUUUUUGGUUUUUUUUCCAAAGGGGGCGGAGGGGCGAGGAGGAGGAGGGGUGGAGAGGUGGUCGAGCCCCCUCGCCUCCAGCUUCCUUCCCCUGAUUUAGAUUGACCUAGCGCUACAUCGCCAUGCUGUGUAUUCCUAAAACCAAUGAGCGUCUCACUCUUUAGCACUGUGGGAUUCUAGCCUGUCACCCUCAAGGGUUUGUUUUGGGGUUUUUUUCUCAGUUGUUGUGGUUUUCUUGGAGGGUGGGGGGUUUGUGGGGGGGGGCACGGGAUUAGGGCUGCUUUUUUUUUUUUUUUUUUGCCUUUUUUUUAAAAAAAAAAAUAUUAAGUAAAAAUGUCUGUACUGAGAUUUAAUGAAAAGUCAGUGGCUUGUAAUGUUUUAUUUUUUUCUCUCUGUAUAUCUCUUCCUCCUCAUAGAAUGUGAUUGUUAAAUGACAUGCACCGAAACAAAUGUUUUCAUGAACUAUGGAGCUUCUUUCAAAUAUUAAUAAAAUAGCUUUUUUUCUUGGCUGUUAAAAAAAA